AUGGCCCGCAAUAAUAGAUCCAACGGGCUUUACGAUAGCAAUGUCGACGGGGACGAUCACGACGACUGGGACAGCUCUUCGACAAUGGGCAAGGCAUCGACAGCGUCUCCCGAGAAGAGCCACUUCAAGAAGGAGAAACCAGAAGGCAUACCAAAGGCAGACCGCGAAGGAGUGGCAAAAGCAUUCGCUCAGUUUGGUCAACUGAUGCAAACCUCGCGGAAGCCCAUCCCUACCCAGAAUGGAGCUGGGACAUUCAGCGAAGCGAACAAAAGGACGGGGCUGAAGCAAGACUUGAAGUACAUUACCAAAAAAGACGUGAAGACAGUCAUGACCCUCGUGAAGGGCAAGCUGAAGGGGGAGCAGCUCGUCGAUGACAAGACUAUGAUCAUGGAACACGCUAUCCAGAUGGUGGCAGGGCUGCCUGAUAGGUCACGACUGCGAGAAGAAGUCACCAAUCGACUCCUUGAUGAGCUAUGGAACACCCUCGACCAUCCGCCUUUGCUCUACAUGGGAGAUAAACAUCAAUACCGAAUGGCAGAUGGAUCAUGGAACAACCCGAUGCAGCCCAUGCUCGGAGCCGCUGGUUCUACGUAUGCGCGGACCUGCCGGCCGGGCAUCGUUCCACUUGGAGCCAUGCCAGACCCGGGCCUGAUCUUCGAGUCGAUCAUGAAGCGGACCCAGUACCGCAAGCACCCAAACAAUGUCUCCUCGGUGCUCUGGUACUGGGCCACCAUUAUCAUCCAUGACCUCUUCUGGACCGACCACAAUGACAUGACCAAGACGAAGACUUCAUCUUUCUUGGACCUCUCUCCGCUAUAUGGCAGCAACCAGGACAUGCAAGACAACGUGCGCACGUUCAAGCACGGCAUGAUGAAGCCCGAUGUCUUUGCCGACAAGCGUCUUGUGGGACAACCACCUGGUAUCGCUGCCAUAUUGAUCAUGUUCAAUCGCUUCCAUAACCACGUUGCGACGAAUCUUGCUGCCAUCAACGAGGGUGGUCGCUUCACACCGCCACCGCCAGGGUUGGACGAAGAGAAGGCGGCCGCUGCUUGGAAGAAAUACGACAACGACCUCUUCCAGACCGCUCGCCUUGUCACUUCGGGUCUGUAUAUUAAUAUCACACUCGUUGACUAUGUUCGCAACAUUAUCAAUCUGAACCGAAGCAACACGACGUGGACGCUUGAUCCUCGCGUGGAAAUGGGCCGCGAUGCUGGCACCCAUGCAGGGUCUGAAAGAGGGACAGGUAGUAUGGUAUCAGCUGAGUUCAACCUUUGCUACAGAUGGCACUCCUGCAUCUCAGCCAAAGACGACCAAUGGGUCCAAGACUUCUACCAAGAGCUUUUCGGCAAGGACCCGUUAAGCCUCAGCACCCAGGACAUGAUCAUGGGCUUCGUCAAGUUCGAGAAGAGCAUCCCCGAAGACCCUGCCGAGCGUGAAUUCGGCGGCUUCAAACGCGGCGCCGAUGGCAAGUUCAAUGACGACGACCUCGUCGGCUGCAUCUCGGACGCGGUCGAGGAUUGCGCAGGGGCCUUCGGCGGCCGCAACGUACCGCAGUCCAUGAAGCCCGUCGAGAUCUUGGGCAUACUCCAAGGCCGAAAGUGGAACGUCGCAGGCUUGAACGAGUUCCGUAAACACUUCGGUCUCAAGCCGUAUGAGAAGUUUCAGGACAUCAACUCGGAUCCGGAGAUUGCGGAGUCUCUCGAAAACCUAUAUGGGCAUCCCGAUUUCGUGGAGCUCUACCCCGGUCUGGUUGCCGAAGAAGCCAAAGAGCCGAUGGUGCCUGGUGUCGGUAUCGCUCCGACGUACACCAUCUCUCGAGUGAUCCUGUCGGAUGCGGUGUGUCUGACUCGUGGCGAUCGCUUCUACACCACCGACUACAACCCGCGAUACUUGACGUCCUGGGGCUUCAACGAAGUGGCGUACGAUCUGAAUAUGAACCAAGGAUGUGUUUUCUACAAGCUGUUCAUCCGAGCUUUCCCGAACCACUUCAAGGCAAACUCGGUCUACGCACACUACCCCAUGGUCGUUCCAAGCGAGACCAAGGAGAUCCUGACCAAUCUCGGCCGCGUCCAAGACUUCAAUUAUGACCGUCCAUCAUUCAUCCCCGAACGCGUGAACAUCACAACCUAUGGUGGAGCGCAGUAUGUGCUCGAGAAUCAGGACAAAUACAAAGUCACCUGGCACGAAGGCCUGUCCUUCCUCAUGGGCGAGGGCGGCAGCCGCUUCAUGCUCUCAGGGGACUCGGCCCUGCACGCCAACCAGCGGAAGUGCGUGCACGCCCAGCUGUACAAGGACGACUGGCAGCGGAACAUCAAGGCCUUCUACGCGCAGAUCACAGAGCAGCUCAUAAAGGAGAAGACAUACAGGCUCGCGGGCCAGAAUUUCGUCGACAUCAUCCGGGACGUCGGCAACAUCGGCCCCGUCCACUUCGCCACCCGCAUGUUCAACCUGCCGCUGCAGACCAAGGAACACCCCAAGGGUAUCUACACGGAACAGGAGCUGUACAUGGUCCUGGCCAUUAUCUCCGCAUGCAUCUUCUUCGAUUUCGACCUCGUCAAGUCGUUUCCCGUGCGGCAGGCGGCCAAGACUGUCGCGACGCAGCUGGGCCAGAUCAUCGAGGCCAAUGUGAAGCAGACGACAGGCUUUGGUGGCAUCGGCGGGUUUUUCGCUGCCAAGCCGAAGAAAGACGACCCGCUGGCGUCGUAUGGGGAUAACUUGAUCAGGGGUCUUUCCAAGGCGGGUCUGAAGAACGAGGAUAUUGUGUGGAGCCAGGUCCUGCUGACGGCGGUUGCGUCUGUGCCGAAUAUCGCGGGAGUGUUCGCCCAAGCGGUCGACUACUAUCUGACUCCAGCCGGGUCGAGAUACCUACCAGAGAUGUACCGCAUAGCCAAUCUUUCGUCCUCGGACGAGACUGAUUCCCUGUUGUUGGGAUACUGCAUGGAAGGCAUUCGACUCGCGGGCACGUUCGGCUCGUACCGCAAAGCAGCGGCCGACGACUUCAUCCGAGAGGAUGAUGGGCGCGAAGUUUAUGUCAAGGCCAAGGAUCGCGUCUUCGUCAGCUUUGUGGGCGCCGCGAAGGACGCAGAGCACUUCCCGGGCCCGGAGAAGGUAAACCCCCGUCGCCCCCUGAGUACGUACAUCCACUUCGGACUGGGACCACACGCGUGCCUCGGACGGAACGCCGCCCAAGUUGGGUUGACAGAGAUGUUCCGGUCUGUCUUCAAGCUGAGAAAUAUUCGACGAGCCCCUGGUCCGCAGGGGGAGCUGAAAAAGAUCCCUCGGCCUGGUGGGUUCUUUGUGUACAUGAGGGAGGAUAGGGGCGCGUACUUCCCCUUUCCGUGCACUAUGAAGAUCUGCUAUGACUGA